AUGUCACGUAUAGAUUAUUGUAAUAGCCUCUUGGUUGGUGUUCCAUCCACCCAGCUAAGUAAAUUACAGCGUUUACAAAAUGCAGCGGCUCGCCUUGUUGGUAACGUCGCAAAGUAUGAUCACAUUACUCCUACACUUGUUAAUUUACAUUGGCUUCCAGUAACGUAUAGGGUAAAGUGUAUCUAUGACAACGCACCCGAAUACUUUAAGGAUCUAAUAAAAGUUAAGAGUUCCACCAGAUAUAAUCUUAGAUCGGACAGGGAGAUGUUACUUGAGGAUUAUAGUACACGAUCAAAGAAGACACUUGGAGACAGGACUUUCAAAGUAGCCGCCCCUAGAAUCUGGAACAUUUUACCGAAGGACAUUAGGAAACAGGAC